CCCCCGCGGGCCGCCGCGAUGAAGUGACAGCGGGCGGGCUGUGCGGCUGCCGGGCGGCCCCCUGUGCCCGCGGGGAGGGGGUGGCGCUGCCGGCGCGGACCCGAGCCGAGCGGCCGCGCCAUGAGCUACCAGCAGCAGCUGGCCAACUCGGCAGCCAUCCGCGCCGAGAUCCAGCGCUUCGAGUCCGUGCACCCCAACAUCUACUCCGUCUACGAGCUGCUGGAGCGGGUGGACGAGCCGGCGCUGCAGGGCCAGCUCCGCGAGCAUGUCAUCGCCAUCGAGGAUGCUUUUGUAAAUAGCCAGGAGUGGACACUAAGUCGAUCUGUACCAGAGCUGAAAGUGGGAAUUGUGGGGAAUUUAGCUAGUGGCAAGUCUGCACUUGUUCACCGGUAUCUGACUGGCACAUAUGUCCAGGAGGAAUCACCUGAAGAUAUGGAUGCAGGUGGGAGAUUCAAGAAAGAGAUAGUAGUUGAUGGACAAAGCUAUCUGCUGCUGAUUAGAGAUGAAGGGGGCCCUCCAGAGGCACAGUUUGCCAUGUGGGUCGAUGCUGUUAUAUUUGUCUUCAGCUUGGAAGACGAAAUAAGCUUCCAGACAGUUUACCACUACUACAGUCGUAUGGCUAACUAUCGUAACACUAAUGAAAUCCCAAUGGUACUAGUGGGAACCCAGGAUGCUAUAAGCUCUAAUAAUCCACGUGUUAUUGAUGAUGCCAGAGCAAGAAAGCUGUCGAACGAUUUGAAGAGAUGCACUUACUAUGAAACCUGUGCUACUUACGGGCUGAAUGUGGAAAGGGUCUUCCAAGAUGUUGCCCAGAAGAUUGUGGCAACAAGGAAGAAACAGCAGCUUUCAAUAGGCCCCUGCAAAUCUUUACCAAACUCUCCAAGUCACUCGUCUGUGUGUUCUGCCCAGGUUUCUGCUGUACAUAUCAGCCAGACCAGUAAUGGAGGAGGGAGCUUAAGUGAUUAUUCCUCCUCUGUUCCAUCAACUCCAAGCACCAGUCAGAAGGAGCUACGGAUUGAUGUUCCUCCCACUGCCAACACUCCAACACCCGUUCGUAAACAGUCCAAGCGCCGCUCCAACCUCUUCACGUCUCGGAAAGGGAGUGAUCCAGACAAAGAGAAGAAAGUCCUGGAGAGCAGAACAGAUAGCAUUGGAAGUGGCCGUGCAAUCCCAAUUAAACAGGGUGUGCUGCUAAAGCGAAGUGGCAAGUCAUUGAAUAAAGAGUGGAAGAAGAAAUACGUUACGUUGUGUGACAACGGUGUACUGACCUAUCAUCCCAGUUUACAUGACUAUAUGCAGAACGUUCAUGGAAAAGAAAUCGACCUUUUGAGAACUACUGUGAAAGUGCCAGGAAAGAGGCCACCUCGAGCGACGUCAGCUUGUGCACCCAUCUCCAGUCCCAAAACCAAUGGUAUGUCCAAAGACAUGAGCAGUUUACACAUCUCUCCUAAUUCAGGAAAUGUGACUACUAGUACGUCUGUGUCUCAGAUGGCAAGUGGGAUCAGUCUAGUCUCCUUCAACAGUCGCCCCGAUGGUAUGCAUCAGCGUUCCUACUCAGUUUCCAGUGCUGACCAAUGGAGUGAGGCGACAGUCAUUGCAAACUCUGGCAUCAGCAGUGAUACUGGUUUGGGAGAUUCUGUGUGUUCAAGUCCAAGUAUAUCCAGUACCACAAGUCCCAAACUGGAUCCUCCUCCCUCCCCUCAUGCCAACAGAAAGAAACAUCGUAGGAAGAAAAGCACUAGCAAUUUUAAAGCUGACGGUAUCUCAGGCACUGCUGAAGCCAAACGCAAAGCAUGGAAACUAAACCGUGUUGGUAGCCUGCGAAAUAUAUACAGCAGCAGCAGCACCAACACUGAAGAACAAGAAGAAAACUUUGAGUUUAUUAUCGUUUCUCUCACCGGCCAGACCUGGCACUUUGAAGCGACCACAUAUGAAGAAAGAGAUGCGUGGGUACAAGCCAUAGAGAGUCAGAUCCUGGCCAGUUUACAGUCGUGUGAGAGCAGUAAGAAUAAGUCCCGACUGACAAGUCAGAAUGAGGCCAUGGCCCUUCAGUCAAUAAGAAACAUCAGAGGCAAUUCUCACUGUGUGGACUGCGAGGCACAAGACCCUGACUGGGCCAGUCUGAAUCUGGGAGCCCUCAUGUGUAUUGAAUGCUCAGGUAUACACCGGAACCUUGGCACGCACUUGUCACGUGUCCGGUCACUUGACCUGGAUGAUUGGCCUAUAGAACUCAUCAAGGUGAUGUCAUCCAUUGGGAACGAAUUAGCAAACAGUGUCUGGGAGGAGAGUAGCCAGGGACGAAUGAAACCCUCUUCAGACUCCACAAGGGAAGAAAAAGAGCGCUGGAUACGUGCUAAAUAUGAACAGAAGCUCUUCCUUGCCCCGCUGCAGUGCCUGGAACUUUCUUUAGGCCAGCAUCUGCUACAAGCUACAGCUGAUGAGGACUUGAGGACUGUCAUCCUGCUCCUGGCCCAUGGAACCCGGGAAGAAGUGAAUGAGACCUGCGGAGAUGGGGAUGGGCGCACAGCCCUUCACUUGGCAUGUAGGAAAGGAAAUGUAGUGUUAGUUCAGCUCUUAAUUUGGUAUGGCGUGGAUGUUAUGGCCCGUGAUGCCCAUGGGAACACGGCGUUAGCCUAUGCCAGGCAAGCCACAGGCCAGGAAUGCAUUGAUGUUCUCCUGCAGUAUGGCUGCCCUGAUGAGCGCUUUGUCCUGAUGGCUACUCCCAAUUUGUCCAGGAAGAACAAUAACAGGAACAACAGCAGUGGAAGAAUGCCCACCAUCAUCUGAGGAACUUAUUCAUUUCUUCACUGACCUGAGUAACAUCCACAGCCUCAUAUUGCUCCAUUUUCUUCCCAGCUCUGACCUGUGAGUCUUAUACCUCCCCAUCUCCCUUUUCCCCUCAAUCUCUGUCCUCUCCAGAAAAAUCACAUCUGGACAGUGUGAAGGGACCAGAGGAGAAAAGGGGGCUGCAGAAACCCUUUAUUUUAAUAAAAGGUCUUGAAUAAGGAAAACUGAAAAAGGGAGGGUUUGUGAGAGAGAGUGGUAGUGAGGUCUCUAAUUAAAGCACAUGACAUGGGACCAUUUUACUAGUUGUCUUCAGGCAGAGGCUCUACAAGUGUUGAAAGAAGGGGUGGAGGGAGAAGAAAGGAGGAGGAAGAGGAGAUGAAAGAAGAAAUGGUAACUUUCCUUAACUGACAGUUAAGCACAUCAGUACAUUUCACCUCUACCAAACGGAACACUUGGAUUUCAUUCUCUUCUCCGAAGAGCUUGACGGCAUAAAUCAGAAGCAAGCACAGAGUUUGUCAGGUUUGAAGCUCCUAUGAUGGUAUGUGUCAAAUCAGUUGUAGCUAAUCUGUCCAGGGAGAAUACUGGCUUCAUUACACUUGUAUAGUUGAGUUCUUCCAGCAUUACUGCUGUUUAAUAGAACAUGAUUAGUCAUCACGGAGAAAAAAGCAUAUUAGCUGAGGAGGUAGUUACAUGGCACGCUUCGGUGAUUGCUUGGAUGUGAUUGCAAUAUUCUUAGAAGCAUCAUAUUAUCUCAGACAUGUUCUUUCAAGCCCUUGGAGCCCUCCUUUCUAAAUUCACUGUCAUAAUUUAGUAUCUGUUUAAUUUUUCAGUCCAAAGAGAGGAAAUCGGUUGCUGAGUGUUAUUUGACUGCAGUCUCCUUGGUGUAAAAACAAAAUGGAAAAAAUAAAUAAGGAUAACUAUGAAACACAAAAAGAAAUAAUGAAUACUGCUAAGGAAAAACAUUUCAAGUACAUUUAGUAAAAUAAAUAAAUGCAUUAAAGGCUACUAUUUUUUUUCAGUCACAAGAAAUACGUUAUGUCAUUUUGCCAAGUAAGUGUGUUGAGUUUUUUGGUCACUCUUGUGAUGCAUUGCCUAAAUUAUACAGAUUUUGUAUUGUGUCUUUAGAUUAUAUGUAUGUAAAUCUAUUUGAAUAAACAAGUUCAUAAAUAUGCAUUGAUUUUUGUACAGACAAAUGACACCUCUGUUAAUUUAUAAACUAUAAUGGAUGUGAACUAAAUAAUGUGCAAGUAGUUAGGAUCUGAGGUUUACAAAUAAUUGCACAUUGAAAAUAUUCCCAGCAGUGAACUGUAUUUCCAUUUGUUUGAUGCAAACCUUUGAAGAACAUAUCGGAAUGAGAUGAUGGCAUAUUUGGCUUACAAAAAAAAAAGGUGUACAGUAUCUAUUAGGAAGAAAAGGAGGAUGUCUCUCAGUAGCGUAAACAUAUUUUACAUUAGAAGCUAUGAUGCUUUCAUAGACUGAGACACAGCCUUGGGGCGGGAGGGGAGAUCAGAUUUGUCUAAUAGCUAAACUUAAUGUCGUUCUCUGAGGUGGGCUUGGCCUGGCUCCUUUGACUCUGAACUUGGCUGCUUUGUGGAGCAACAAUGAUAAUGUGGAAGGAGUUUGGACAGUUCAUCCAUCUACCAGUUUUAAUACUUGAUUCAAUAUUUUGGUAGCACUAGACUGAUGCUGGUUUCCGAAGUCUUCUAAAAACUGAAAUUGUGGCACAGAGAAGUAGAUGGCAAGGUUUCUGGCAAAAAGAGAAGUGAUUUUUAAGUGGCAUAUGGUAAUAUGAAGGUGGGAGAAGGGUGUAUUUCAGGGAAAGUUGAAAUCUGAUCUGAAUCGUGUCAGAGGAACAAGCGUAUGAAGUUCGUCAGGUGCACAACAGCACACUAAUUUGCUAAUCUACCUGAUCUUCAUGUAUUUCACAAGUUUCUGUACUUCUUGGGGCUCUGUAUGUCUGUUCAGGUCAGAAUGGGAAGAGAAAAUAAUAAAAUUUAUGUGGACAAAAUUGGGGGGGAAAAUGUAAUAUCCCAUGGGUGUCCAAAAGAGGUAGGUUUGGCCCGAAAGCCAGAGUCCCCCAGUGAUCAGGUGAGAGAAGCCCCAAGGGCUCAAGCAGGUGGACAUCGAUGGGCUUUCCUGGUCCUUUAGAAUUCUGUUUUUAUGCUUUGUUGCAAUAGGGGCAUUUAAAGGAGAAUGGAAAAAGCUUUUAAUGUUCGUUUUACCAGCCUAAGCCAGCAGCAUCAUGCUUUCACAUGUGCAUUCAAAAUGAUAAAGCUAUUUUUGGUGGUGGUUUUUUUUUUUUUAAGUAGUUUGCAUAACGGCGCCAUCUUUACUCACACACUGCCGUCUGGACUUAGAUAUUGACAGGUAUCUUCCUCCAACCUUGGAUGACUUCACUAACAUCUACAACUGAACAUGAAACUGCACA